AUGAAUCACGCUAACCUCUACGCACUCUCGUUCUCUUCAUCCCGCCUCUCCCUGCCUUUCAUUCCACUUCCGACAAUGGGUACUUCAGCUCGUCCAUCGCCGCCUAGACCAUCGUCGCCUGAGGAACAACUGUCGUCGCAACAGAAGAGUGAGUCAGGAGAAGUGGAAGACGGUGGCGGUUACGAACACGAGACAGAGGCACGAGACAGUGGCGGUCAAGAACAUGUUCAAAUCUCUCAACGAAAGCGGUUGGAGCUGCGCCAACACCGGCCUUCCUAA